AUGAGAAUAUUGAAAUGGAAAUCUAAUUUUGAUCUAGAAGAAGAAACUACUACUGCUAUUGUGUGGAUCUCUUUACCAGCACUACCUCCAAAUUUCCUUGGAAAAGAACCUGUCUUCUCAAUGGCGGCAACAACAGUAGGAAAGCCACUACAUGUUGAUAUGACAACUCUGAAUAAAACACACCCUAGUUGUACAAGAGUGAAGGUGGAAUUGGAUAUGCUUGGAGAAUUCCCAAAAUGCAUCAAUGUGGGAAUGAGGAAGAAAUCAAGAAAGGUAUUGGAAAGAUGGGUAACUAUAAAGUAUGAUUAUGUGCCUAAAUAUUUCAAGACAUGUAAGCUGCAGGGGCAUAAUGAGAAAGAAUGUCUCAUUCUCCAUCAAAAGCUAUACCCAAAGGAUGAAACGGAGGAGGAAGGAGAUAAGGAAUAUGAGAACACAGACAAUGAGUUAGAAAAAAGGAAGAUCAAUGAAGAUAAAAAGAAAUUUGGCAAAAAGUAA